UGGAACAGUUUUAGUAGCGACACAUAUUUUGCCAUCAGUCUUUCUAGUUCUCUUUGUGCUGCCCUUUCAUUUUUGAUUAAGAGUGGUGCUUUUUUUGGAAAAACCAAAAAAAAAAAAAAAAAUUUCAAACACUCGUGGAAAAAAAAUUUCUUUUUGCGAAAGAGAAAAAUGGUUUUUAAUUAAGUGAGCAAGAAAGGAAAGUGGCAAAGAAAUUUAAAAAAAAGGGAAGAAAAGUGAGAAAAUGGAAAAUUAAUUUUAAAAAAAACCCGCCGCCGGCUUUUUUUUGAAACAAAAAAUGACGAGGUAUAAACAGGCAGAAUUUGAGGAUGAUGAUAAUAGCAGUAUUGGUUCAAUCGCAUUAAACAGCGAAAGAAUAAGCACAUCUGCUACACAUAUUCGAUAUCAUUCCUCGGGUAUAAUGCAAGGGGUAUCUUUAUGGCGACAUAGAACAAAGUUAGAGAGAUUUCUCUUAGUCAACAUUUGUGGAUUAUUAUUACUCAUAAUAAUCCUCUUAAUUGUAAUUAAUGUCCAAUAUGCAAAGGACCAAUCGAAAGUACUACUUCAUGUUUCAUUACCUAAAGAAGGUGAUUCACAUUAUAUCACUCCACAUAGUGUCACAGUGGCAGCCUCCAUAAUUAAUAGUAUAGAUAAUUCCGUUCACCCCUGUGAUGAUUUUUACGAAUACGCAUGUGGCGGUUGGAUAAAGAAGAAUCCAAUACCGGAUGGUAAAAGUAUGUGGGGAACUUUCGGAAAAUUAGAACAAGAUAAUCAGUUGGUAGUGAAAAAUGUUCUUGAGAAACAGUUAUCUGAAAUGAAAUCGGAAGCUGAGAAGAAGGCCAAGUUAUAUUAUUCAUCAUGUAUGGAUGUAAAUGAGACAAUAGAAGCUUUAGGGGCAAAACCAAUGCUUGAUUUAUUGGACGAUGUUGGAGGUUGGAAUAUAACAGGAAAAUUCAAUAUUAGCAAUUGGUCUCUACAGAAGAGCAUGCAUAUAUUGCAGAAUGGCUACAAUAUGGGUGGGCUCUUCUCUUGGGCUGUUAAUGAAGAUGAUAGAAAUAGUAGUAGGCAUAUCAUACAAAUCGAUCAGGGUGGUUUGACCUUGCCCACGAUAGAUAAUUAUUUGAAUAAAACGGAACAUGAGAAGGUUCUAGUGGCCUAUUUGGAAUACAUGACUAAGAUUGGUGUGCUGUUAGGAGGUGAGGAAAAUUCCACUAGGAGACAAAUGCAGGACAUCAUUAAUUUCGAGACAAAAAUAGCGGAGAUUACGAUUCCACAAGAGGAGAGAAGGGAUGAUGAAAAAAUGUACAAUCUCAUGAGAAUAGGAGAUCUGCAAAAAAUGGCUCCUUUCAUAUCAUGGGUAGAUUAUUUUAAAAAUGCAACAAUUCCUGUGGGUAAAAAAGUCAACAGCAAGACAAACAUUGUUAAUUAUGCGCCUGAGUAUUUCACCAAGUUGAACAAACUAGUGCAAGAGUAUAGCAACACGACUGAAGGAAAAGUAAUUUUGAAUAACUACCUCAUAUGGCAAACUGUCAGAUCAUUGACUGCUUGCCUCUCGAAACCGUUUCGAGAUGCUUACAAGGGACUUAGAAAAGCUCUCAUUGGAUCUGAGGGCAGGGAAGAACAAUGGCGAUAUUGUGUUAGUGAUGCAAAUAAUGUUAUGGGUUUUGCCAUUGGCGCAAUGUUCGUCAGGGAUGUGUUCCAUGGCAAAAGUAAACCAAUGGCUGAGAUGAUGAUCAACGAAAUCAGACAAGCAUUCACGAAGAAUCUGAAAAAUUUAAAUUGGAUGGACGCAGAAACGAGAAAGUCAGCUGAUGAAAAGGCAAACGCUAUCACUGACAUGAUUGGCUUUCCAAAUUUCAUACUAAAUCCAAAGGAGUUAGAUGAACGAUACGAAAGUUUGCAGAUAAAGGAAAACGAGUAUUUUCUCAACAACAUAAGAGUGAACAAGUAUAAUUUAAGGAAAAGUUUGGAGAAUCUUGAUCAGCCGGUUAAUAAAACAACUUGGAUAAUGACACCACCAACUGUCAAUGCCUAUUACACACCAACAAAGAAUCAAAUAGUUUUUCCCGCCGGUAUUCUACAGAGUCCCUUCUACGAUAUGGAAAAUCCAAGUAGUCUCAAUUUUGGUGGAAUGGGUGUCGUGAUGGGUCAUGAACUAACCCAUGGUUUUGAUGAUCAAGGCAGGGAAUAUGAUUUACAUGGGAAUUUACAUCAAUGGUGGAAUAAUGCAACAAUUGAGAAAUUUAAAAAUCGAACCCAAUGCUUUGUUGAACAGUACAGUCAAUUUGAAAUUGACGGACGACAUGUUAAUGGAAAACAAACUUUAGGAGAAAAUAUAGCUGAUAAUGGAGGUUUAAAAGCUGCAUAUCAUGCCUAUAUUACGACGCCUAAGAAUUAUAAGGAUCAGUUGCAAUUGCCUGGUCUUAAUAUGACACAUCGACAAUUAUUUUUCCUUAACUUUGCCCAGGUUUGGUGUUCUGCUGUCACAUCAGAAGCAAUAGGUCUUCAAAUUGAAAAAGAUUCACACUGUCCUGCUAAAUUUCGUGUUAUAGGUCCAUUAUCAAAUCUUCCAGAAUUUUCUACCGAAUUUAAUUGUCCCUUGGGUUCAAAAAUGAAUCCAACACACAAAUGUGAAGUAUGGUAACAAUUUUUUUUUGUGCUUUCGAUAGAAAUAAAGACUUUUUCUUUUUUUAAAGAAAUAAUUGAGCCAAAAUGGUGAGGGGGUUCUUAAAAAAAAAUACUGGUUUUCUGAAUCAAUUUUAAUGGCCUGAAAAGUGCACAGUCUUUAAAAAAAAAAUAUAGUACCGAUGAUACAAAAAUGAAUAAAUGUACGAAUGUAAAGGAAUUAGAAGUGUGAAUCUUGAAAUUAUUAUGAUUGCACUCAUUGGUCACAGGGCACUAUAGACUUUUAAGAUAAUUAAAAUUUCAUUUUGUUUUUAUAAAUUAGUGUUAAUAAUUUUUGAUUUUUGGUUCGGAGAAAAACAUUUUUAACCUUUUUCAGAAGUGUACUACUGUGUACUAAAAUUUUUCAUGUUUUUCACUUUUAUACCACAAUUUUUCAAAUACUAACGGAAAAGAAAAAAAUAAAUUAUUUAUCAAGGAUGACGCUAGGAAAUUUUUCUUUUCUCAGAGAAAUACAUUUUUCACUUAAAUUAAAAAUAGACUGAAGAUUAAGACUGACUGCGAUGAAAAAUGAAACAGGGACAUGAUUUUUAAUUACCUUAUUCAAAAUAAUUUUAAUAUUAUUAAAUUAUUUUUGUCCACUUUAGGCAUAUUUAUAAUUGCACACAUUUUCUCAACUGUCACAUUAAUUAAAAUAAGUGAAAGAAAGAAUUUAAGGAAAAAUGAUUUUAUAAAGAUUCGAUUUGAUUAAAAAAUGUUUUCCUCUGAAUCAAAGAUGUAUAAUUAAUGAACAUUUAUUUUUUCCACGGUCCGCCACACUUUGCCAUAGUUCAUGAAAUUUUGAUUUCAAAAAUCUAGAAAUAAAAGAAUUAGAAGUCCAGAUAACAAAAUGCUUUUAGAAUUUAAAGCUCUGUGCAUAUAACUUUGCGCCGAAAAACGAUUGUUAUCUGGAAAGUACUUUUAAUAUUUUUUUGCAGAAAGAAAUUUAUUUUUGUUGUUAUGUAAAUGUAUAUGUUUACUGUGAUAGAACAAAUGUACAAUGGAUCCGUAACUCGGUGCUAUAAAAUGAACAGUUUCAUUAAAAAACUAUAAUUUUUUAUUUCUGUAAAAAAAAUUUCCUAUUUCCAGAUUGAAUCAUUAAAAAUAUUUCAUUUCGAAUUGAAAAUUGUAUUACUUAUUGCAAUUAAAACAAAAUGCAUAAAGAUUAUUUAGUGAAAUAGAUUUAGUUUUAAAUGUAAAGUAAUUUAUUUUAAUAAAAUCUUGAAAUUAAUUAAAGAAUAUAGAAAAUACCUUCAAUAAGGCGAUACAUAGUUUUUUGUAAAAGGGUACAAAGCAUUACACGAAUAAUUAUGAGCUUCUGAAUGUAGAGCUUAGAAAAUGUCUAUAAUAACCACUUUUUGUAUAUAUAACACUAAAAACAGGUAUAUUUAUGGAAAAUGUAAGAGAAAAACUUUUUCAAUUUAUUUUUCAGCCAAAAUUUUAGUUUAAAUAUAUAAAAAUAAAUUAUUUGAAGUACAAGAUUAUUAUCAUUAAUUAAAUAACGAAUCAAAUCUAGAUGAAGUGUAGCAAAAGUUUAAAAAAUAAAAUUCCCCAUAGAACAUAUCAUUAUGAAAAUGAGAAUAAAAAAUAUUCAUUGACGCUAAAAGAAAAUAGGCGUGUAACACAUUGAGAACAAAAUUAAUAUUUUAACAGUGGAUUUCAUGUACAGUAAACUUGACAUUUUGUAUAGUGAAGUAGAGUGAAUAAUUGUGAAUUGUAAAAAUAAUUGAAACUAGAAAGAAAACUUUUCAUUCAGUAAUGAAUGUUCAUCUAGUAUUUUUUUUUUUGCAAAAUCUUUCUUUACAGCAUACUUUCAUUGACAUAUUUGUUUCCACAUAAAUUGUAAAAUUAUCCGAACAAUUCCGUCUUCCGUAAAUUUAUGGAAACCUGUAAAAAAACUGCCUUAUUCUUGUGAAAAUAGAUUUUUUCGUUUCUAAAACCCACCUAUAGUGACCAUUUGAAUGUUUAAUGGAGAAAAAAAAAUAAAAAUAGGUGUUAAUUAAAAACAGAAUGGAAAAUAAUUUCAAAAGCAUAUAUUGCUUUUAGUAUAAGAGUUUGUGAAUAACAAAGCAAGAAAAAAAGAGUUGAAACCAUGUGUGGAUUCGUCUAAUUCAAGUCCUUUGGGAGUAACCCAAUUUAGAAAUUAAACAUCUGUAAGUUAUUUGUUUCUUAAACAAUAUUAAAUUAUCUUUCGUCUAACGUUGCAGUUUAAAAAAAAAAUUAUAGAGUCGUUUGUCACUUUAAGCACCUGCCACCUAACAUGGAUUCAACCACAAAAAAACAAUAAUUAUGAAUGCUACCAAAAAAAAAAAUUUAGAGUAGAAUUAAUAAGAUUCCUAGGCCUUAAUUAUGUGUGUUAAGAGGUAAGCACGUGUGUUUUUAUGAUACUUUUAAAUUGUAUAAUAAUUGUAUCAAACUUAAAACUUACCUGACGUUAAACAAAACUUAUAUAUAUAUAUAAAUAAAUAUAUUAGUUGUUCACAAUUCGUGGCUAGUUUGAUAAAAUGCAAGAAACAAAAAUUGAGGUUUUAAACGAUGAGGUGUGAGUGCGUGUGAUUAUUUUUCGGUGUAUUAUUCUUGUACAUUAUGUGUUACGCUUAUUAAAGUUAACAUUGACAAAAGUAAAA